UUUUUUUUUUUUUUCCUUUGUCUUUGUUUGCCCAGCAGCCUGCCCCGUUCCUCCGUUUGCUUCCACCGAUCACUGCCUCCAAGACUCACUUGCAACUUUGUGUUUACGCCCCGAGUCUUGCUGGAAACGAUCGCAUCAGUGGACCCGCCGAUCCAGGAGAGCCCCUGCAAGCGUCCAUCUAGCGGUACGAGCCAGGAAACGGUGAGGGCAUGGGGCCAUGGCAGACAGCUGGAUGAGCCGCCCCGAGUCCAGACAACUCACGCUUGACCACAUCAGCGUGCCUACAGCCAACCCAGCCAUGCCCGGCCAACCACGCCCACGGGUACAGCCCGAUGGCCCAGGUCCCCGGGUGUGAUGGACGAGCGGGGAGCUGGGAGGCAACCUGCCCAACUGGGCUGGACAGGCUAGACAGCCCUUCCCUGUGUCGGAUAUGGCCGAGGCCGUUCGUGAUUCCCACACCCAACCAAGCGGUGGGCGUCUUUUGUGUCAUGCUGUACCCCCCGUUUCGCCGUGCCUCCUGCAUUCGCACGACUCUCUCUGCCCAUCGCCAUAAGCGCCCGGCGCUAGCCCAGUCCAUCCCGGGCGUUUCCUCCUUCAUUGCCACGAACGACCUGCUGCGCCGGCCUAGUGGCUCCCCUUCAGGCGGAUCCUUUCCCGAUACGUGUGUCUUUUUGAAAACCACCGAUAGCCUGCAGGUCGGGAACGCUGCCUUGCUCCUUUCGCCGGACUUGUCUUUUCUUACAGGGCUACUUAAUCACCACGGAAAACCCACCACCCCCACGCCUUUCAGCCCAUCUGAAUCUUGGCUCUGACCCCGAGUCGCGAUCCCAUCCAUCUUGGCAGCAGCCCUGCAGAUCCCUGCAGCCAUACAAGUACACGUUUGCCGCGGCUUGGUAGAGGGCGCAUCCGCCAAGCAAAUAUCGACUUCACUUGCUCAACUUCCAACGUGACGCAUCUAUCCCGGUCCGCAGGGCGGCCGUCUUCACACACGCUCCACCACGGGGCCUUGAUCAUACGGAGAGCAAGCGAACUGGUGGCUCUGGCGCUCGGGAUAACAAUCAUGGCGUCGAGACUUUUACUAUCACUAGGUCUCCUUACCUAUGUCGGGGCGACGGCCCUGCCUCCCACAGACGGCGGCUCGCAGGGCUUUGUGUCCUUCCCCAUCGAGCACAAGAGGUCCCUGGUGCCGCUUCUGAGAAGGCAGGACACCGAGGUUCCGCUGUACAACAUCUCGGUUCUCAGCUACCUCAUCUCUUUAAGCAUCGGCACGCCUGGUCAGCAGACAAAGGUGGCCAUCGACACAGGCUCCGACGAGCUCUGGGUCAACCCUCAGUGCUCUACUGUCCAGGUCAGCUCGCAGAGGUCCGAGUGUCAGGCCAAUGGCCAAUACCAGCCAAGUUCGAGCAGCACAUCCAAGGUGUCAGAUACGACCAACCACAUCCCAUAUGGCAAAGGAGAGGUCACAAUCCAGUAUAUCCAGGACUCGAUAUCCGUCCCAGACAGCUCCAUCUCGAUGACCAAGGUCGUCUUCGGCGCCGCCCUCAAGAGCUCCCAGCUGCCCGAGGGCAUCAUGGGCCUGGGCUUCGGCAAGGGCGUGAACCUGCAGUACAACAACUUCGUCGACACGCUAUUUACGCAAAACGUCACAAAGUCGCGCGCCUUCACCAUCGCCCUGGGCUCGGCCGACGCCAGCAACGGCGGCGCCAUCAUCUUCGGCGGCGUCGACGCCAAACGCUUCUCGGGCAGGCUCGCCCGGGUGCCCAUCCUGGGCCCGCAGGGCAAGGAGACGAUCCGCCGCUACUGGGUCCAGAUGGAGGGCAUCUCGCACGCCGGCAAGACGUACAGCGGCAGCAGCAUGCCCAUCGUCAUCGACUCGGGCUCGUCCCUCAGCUCCCUGCCGCAGGGGGUCGUCGACCAGAUGGCGAGCGACACGGGCGCACAGUGGGACAGCCAGGCCGGGGUCUACAUCGUGCCGUGCAGCAUCCUGUCGUCGGGCGGCUCCUUUGACUUUACGUUUGGCAACGGCAGCAGCAGCACCACUGGCGGGUCGUUGGCAAAGAUCUCGGUCCCGUACAGCGAGUUCGUGUGGCAGGCCGGCGGCGAGUGCGCGCUGGGCGCCGUGCCCAUCAAGAGCGGCAGCGGCGUCACGGCCCUGCUGGGCGACAGCUUCAUGCGCGCCGCCUCCAUCACCUUUGACCAGACGUCCAACAGCAUGUACCUGGCCCAGUACGCGAGCUGCGGCGACGGGGGCGCCCGCGCCAUCGCCGCCGACGCCGCCGGCCUCGACGGCAUGGCCGGCGAGUGCGGCCAGGGCCAGGGCGUCGGGUCCGCGGGCGAGGGGGGCGGCGGCAAGAAGAACGCGGCGGGUAGCAGGGCGGCGCCCCCGCGGGCGCUGUGGGUUGGCGGCGCGGUUGCGGCGGUUGUGGCCCAGAUCGUUAUGGGCGCUUUAUGAUAAUGUUUUUUUUGUUAGUCGGAGGUCCAUGGCACUCGACCACUUGGCAUAGCUUUUUUUGUUUUCUCCUGUUCAUGCCGUAAUUUCCGGGAGCAACAACAAUCAGUGCUAUUCCCCAAAAUCCUCUCUUUCCCAAGCGCUUCGCCUUGUCACAUUCGGGCCACUUAGACGGCAGUCUAGAAUUCAGAGAAAACCCACGAGAGUAGACCCAUAGAUACCUCCAAGCAGCUAGUCAGGGGCUUGAUCGUCUCACGAGCUCUCUUGUUAAUGCGACUGGCUUCCCCAUCCCUCACGAAUGGGGACGCUACCCAUCGGGUCGACAAACGUACGUGCUGG